UUGGUCAUAAUUUCUGGGGCCACUGAGGCUUGCCUCCUUGCAGUCAUGGCCUAUGACCGGUUCCAGGCUGUGUGCCACCCACUGUCGUACACGGUGGCUAUGAACAGGAAGGUAUGUACUGGCCUGGUGGGAGCCUCCUGGGCCAUAGGAAUGGGGACUGGCCUGGUUAACACCAUCCUUCUGGCUCAGCACCACUUCUGUGGCCCCAACCUUGUCCACAGUUUCGCCUGCGAGCUCCCCCCAGUGCUCCUGUUGGCCUGUUCUGACACCUACAUUAGCAUCGCCUCCAUCUUUACCACCAUGAUGGUCCUAGGCCUUGGCAACUUUGUCCUACUGCUGGGUUCCUACACUCGUAUCAUCACGACAGCCCUGGGGAUCAACUCUGCUACGGGCCGGAACAAGAUCUUCUCCACCUGCUCUUCUCAUAUUCUUGUGGUCACCAUCUUUUAUGGUUCUGGAAUUUUCAGGUACAUGACUCCAGCAUCCGGCUCAGCCCUGGAACACGUGCUCUCCGUGCAGUACAGUGUGGUGACCCCAUUGCUAAACCCCCUCAUCUACAGUCUGAAGAACCAGGAGGUGAAGGCAGCUCUGAGGAGGAUGCUGGCCAGGAAGCCCAGGCUUACCUUCUAA